CCCAAACUCUCAUAUCGCUCGAUUCGCUUGAAGAAAAUGGCGUGGAGCCGCUCUGAAUUAUCUGCGGCGGGUUUCUUCUAUGAGGAAGACUUGCAAAGCCCGCUCCCCCCCCAUGUCAAGUCGCUCGGCCAGUCAAUGCUUGACUUUGCAUGCCAGGACCAAGGCCCGCCUUCUGAAGAAUGCAUCCAGAUCCAAUACUUGGCUAGUAAAAAUUCCGAUGGUGAAUAUGAUGAGAAAAUCUGGGAAGACUUGUUUCGACAAAACUUCUUUGAUGUACUUCUGAACGACACUUCGGUCUCACAAGAUGUAUCGCGCAGAGUCUCACGAUCGAACUACUAUUAUGACGCUAUAAGGCCUGGCAACAACGCUCUAUGGACAACAUUCCGGGAGAAGGUGGAAGGACAUCAAAUGAAGACGCUUCCCAAGGCCGACUUUGUCUUCUAUCUGCCGAUGUACCACCUGGCCGCUGAAUCUCCUAUACCUCGAAUAACUGACCACAGAGGUCGGGAAUGGAAUAAAGAACCAGUCCCAUCUCUUGUAGAGUCCUUCUCAUGGUCUACACUGAAGGAGCUCUAUAUGCAUGGUCUGCGUCCCUCCCCAUUCAAGGUUUUUGGCAAGGAUGAGCCGCGAGAAGCAGACCUGAAUUGCUAUCCGUGGCUUAUUGUCGAGCAUAAGAGUGGCAAGAAAAGCCUUAGUGAGAGUCAACGGUCAGCGCAAUUAGAGACUGCUUGUUGCCAAGCACUAAACGCCAGCGCGUGUGCCGUCAAGUUAAACCAGAUCGCUGCGAGGUAUGCCGUUGAGCUGCGUAAGCAGAUGCAUAUUCCCCCCAUUCCAGCCGUGACCACAGUCGGCAGUAAGGUCAGUGUCUGGAUAACGUACUAUGCGGAAGGUUUUAUGGCGUACCAUAGAGAGGGCUCUUACGAGUCUUACAGGAGACGAAAUCAAGGCUAUAUGAUGCAACGUAUCUGGGAGGGAGAUAUGACUGAGAUUCGUGACAUCAGGGAAUUCCAGCUUAUACUCGAAAACACCUAUACUUGGGCUAUGCGGGUAUUCAAGCCUCAGAUAAACGGAUUUAUCGAGCAUUGGAGGGCUACCCACUGUAGCAUCAAAUCUACUCCACUACGAAGAAGUACAACCUCAACAACAUCUUAUACGGAGAGCGAGGGGAGAUCGGUACAAGAUUCAAUGGGCCCUCCUUCAGCCCGCAGCUCAGCCCGUCCCUCAACGCGUAGCUCAAUUGGCCCCCCUCCUUCGAUUCGUAGCUCGAUGGGACCUCCUUCACGGCGUUCCCUAACGGGCCCAGUCUCGGGUACCAGCUCAAGAGGCCAGGCUUCUGUGUGCAGCUCUGUGGACCCUCUUCUUGAUCCUGCGAACAACGACGAUUGGGGUUACGCUCCGCAGCAAAAUGUGCGACAAGUCUUUCCAGACACAUGUCCGACGUGUCAGAGAACAAGAAAGUUUUUCCAUAAUUGCCAUGUUUGACAUAUAUAAUAGCGGGAUCGGACCAGGACAACUGAGUCAGCCUUGCUGCCUCUAGGUAGAUACUCCGCAUGUGUAUCAUAGUACACAUGUUCAAAUAGAGAUCUGUGAUAGGUCGUAUUCUUAAGCUCAUCACAUCAUAUCAGGCGAUUUCAAUUCAG